AUGCAUUCACCAACGGAUUCGUCAACCAGUUCACGAUCGGAUGAUUCACCGAUAGUCAUUUCGCCAGCAGCUUCGCCAACGGCUUCACCGCCGGAAAAGGCACCGCUGACUACAUCGUCGACCACCACCACCACCACCACCACCAACAAGACCCCCACUGCCACAACCACCAAGAGGCCGUCGUCGCCGCCGCCAAAGGUGAGCAACACGGACGUCCUCAUCAUCGGCGCCGGCCCGACGGGCCUCACCCUCGCCCUCGAGCUCUCGGUCCAGAGCAUCCCCUUCCGCAUCAUCGACAAGCUCCCCGAGCCCUCGGACAAGUCGCGCGCCCUCGCCGUCCAGUGCCGCUCGCAGGAGCUCCUCAACCGCCACCCGCACAUCGCCGAGUCCAUGCUCGCCGACGGCACAAAGGGCCCCGGCGUCAACAUCUACUGCAACAAGCGCCACCUCGUCACCGGCACCUUUGACGACCUUGGCUUCGAUGACACCCGCUUCCCGCUGCCCCUGUGGGUCUCCCAGGCCGACACCGAGGCCGCCAUGCUCCGCCAGCUCGAGGUCUACGGCGGCACCGUCGAGCGCGGCGUCUCGGCCGAAGACAUCAAGCAGGACGGCGUCCGCGCCAGCGCCACUCUCGUCAGGAGCUCCUCCUCCUCCUCCUCUUCCUCCACUCCCGAGAAAGAGAUCUUGCGUGCCAAGUACAUCGUCGGCUGCGACGGCGCCCACAGCGUCGUCCGCCACAGCGCCGACGUGACGUUCGAGGGGUCGCAGUACCCGCAGCAGUACAUCCUCUGCGACGCCAAGGUCCGCGGCGACUACGACGCCGAGCGCGUCUCCCUCUUCCUCGGCAGCCGCGUCAUGGUCGUCUUCCCCCUCAGGGACGGCGUCAUCCGCAUGGUCGGCGAGCGCUCGUCGCGCAGCAAGCGCGAGGGCGACCCGGACGUCGCCGAGAUCGAGGCCUUCAUGGAGGAGGUCAUGGGCCGCCGCCCCGAGAUCGAGGAGGCCCUCUGGCUGGCGAGCUUCCGCUGGAACUGCCGCGGCGUCAACCGGUACCGCGACGGCCGCCUGUUCCUCGCCGGCGACGCCGCACACAUCCACUCCCCCGCCGGCGGGCAGGGCAUGAACACGGGCAUCCAGGACGCCGUCAACCUCGGCUGGAAGCUGGCGGCCGUCAUCCGCGGCGAGAAGGAGGAGUCCUUCCUCGACACGUAUCACGAGGAGCGGCACCCGGUCGGCCAGCACCUGCUCACGGGGACGGACCGCAUGUUCAGCAUGGUGGCGUCGCAGAACACCAUCUUCACCACCGUCCGCAACGCGCUGAUGCCCUGGAUCGUCCCGCGCGUGUGGAACAACCGGGCGCGGCGGCUGUCCGUCUACACCUUCAUCUCGCAGAUGGCCAUCAAGUACCGGCGGAGCUCCAUCGUCGGCACGGCCAUCGGGUUCGAAGGGCCCGUGAGGGGCGGCUGGCGCGCGCCGGACGGCCAGUUGACGGACGAGAGGGGCGAGAAGGCGCGGUGGCUGCUCGGCAUGACGAGCGCGCGCGACCACACCAUCCUCCUCUUCGCUGGCGUCGAGGCCGACGAGGAGAACCUCGAGGCGGCCGAGGAGAAGCUCGUGACGGACGGCCGGUUCAAGGAGUACGAGGUCGUCAAGGUGUACGCCGGCGACACGGUCGGCAAGGGGGGCUACAAGGACGUUGACGGCAUGCUGCACAAGCGGUACGGGUUCGAGAAGGGGGCCGGGUUCGUGGUCGUCCGGCCGGACGGGUACGUCGAGUUCAUCGGGCCGGCCGAGUGUGUCGAGGAGUUCCUCAUGAUGUGA